AAUACUCUGGCACAGUUGACGAGACGGAAACCUCGUCAAUUCUGCCACUAAGAGGAAAAUCAAAGGAAGCUGGAAUCUACGAAUGCCAAUGGAAAAACGGCAGAGGAGAGGACAGACACAGAAACUUCAACGUCACUGUCACUUUCGUUGAUGAAGAAGAAACAAAUGCCAUGAUUCUGUCGGUAACUUUCAUCGGAUUACUUGCAGUCGGAGUGGGAAUCGGAAUCAAACUUUAAACAGACAAUCUCAUAAGUAGAAAGAUUGGGAAAUUGGGUGACGUGGUCAAUCAAUGGAGUUUUUCAUCACGUUUUAUGAAAACGACAAAACAAUUAUUCUUAAGUAAUAGAAGGAAAUUAAUUAGGGGAGGCGGUGUCGUGUACUACGAAAUUAACCACUGUCGAAUGAGGCCAAUGUCGCAAUCUCGAAUUUGAAAACAGCAUAUUAUUUCCAUUAAUGGGAACAAAAUGGCGGAAUAUUUAACAACCCACAUCCGAUCACCGCUAUUCGACGAGAGAAUAGCCUACAUUUUAAUGACAGACUAGGGCAAUCCAGAAAAAGCUGCGAGAAAUUAUCAAAAGUUUAAACCGCCGGAUGUGAAGAAAUGGCAAUGACGAGACGGUAAAAAAAAGCCAACAGGAAAUUCUGGUCUGCGUCAGACAGACUUCUGAGAAUACACACUCAAUAUUCUACACGAUUGCGCAUUACAAUAGUCUUCAUUUGGAAAAGCGAAAUAUUCAGAUGCUGUCGGUGACUGAAAGUGGACGUGCAAUUCCAAGUGGAAAAUGAAUUUCAUUUCAACGAGGCGGGUGGUGCUGAGACUCUUAUUUUCCAUGUUGGCAAAUCAAAUCGUUCAGGCUAAUGAACUUGAAAUAUUCCCCGAAGCAGAGAACGACGAACAGGUGAUUGAAGCCGGUUCAACUUUAACACUGACUUGCAUCAAUGAGUCUCCCCAUCACUCGUCGGAUAAUUUAACUGAGCUAAGAUGGAUACUUCCCCAAUUCAAAAACCCUCUUAUUGAAGAAACAGAUAAACGCUUUAGUUUAACUGAUGUAAAGAACGAAACGCACCUAAUCUCGACCAUGACUUUGAUCAACAUUACAACCAAUGACACGGGCUUUUAUGAAUGUCAAGGGAGAAUCCAACCACGGAAUCGAUACGUUUAUGUCUUCAGCAACGAAGAUUUUGAUUUGACAGGACCCCCAAAUUUGUCCAGCAACAAGUUAGAAGCCAAAACAUCAAUAUUCGAUCCUGUCACGUUCCUCGAAGAAGAAAAACACGAAAUUAAUGUACCCACCCUGACUGCAACUUUAAUCGGAUUAUGUGCAUUUUGUGUGGGAAUUUUCGGCAUCAAAAUUCACCUCGACAAAAGAAAGGCGAAAAGACAACUUGAGAAAAUGCUGAAUGGAGAUCCAAGCCGAAUCGAUCCGGAAGUGCCGUUGGAAUAUCAAACGGAAUUCCUGCCAUACGAUAGAAAAUGGGAAUUCCCAAGGAAAAGGCUGAGACUUGGUCAAGAACUAGGAUCUGGUUGUUUCGGUCGAGUUGUCAAAGGGGAAGCCGUAGGCAUCAAAGACUCUGAUGAAACAGUGACCACAGUGGCCGUUAAAAUGACUAAACUAACGGCCAAGUCUCACAACGCACUGGAUGUUCUUAUAAGGGAAUUAAAAAUGAUGAUUCAUUUGUGGGAGCACUUGAAUAUCGUUAAUUUAAUGGGGGCCUGCACAAAUACCAACAUCAAAGAAAUUCUGGUCAUCAUCGAAUUCUGUAAAUUUGGCGAUUUAAAAUCGUAUUUUAUCAAACACCGGGAUCAAUUCAUUAACGAGUUGAACGCGUUGGGUAAUAUGCCACCCACGAACGAAACGGCAGCAAAUGAUUUUACACAACAUCCAUUGGUCGCAAUGAAACUGGUCAACGAAAUUUCGGAAUUGCAAAGUGAGUCUACGCAAACAAUUUUGUUUUAAAGGGGAAAAAACUAAUGAAUUAACCUAAUUAAAUAAGCUCACAAGCCAGCACAUGAGAGAGAAAUGCCCGAACGAGAUCAGACAUACAAGAGCAGAAAAGAUUCGGACGCAAAUUUUACUCAAAUAAUCAAAACGAGCAACUUGAUUUCAUGGUCAUACCAAAUUGCUCGGGGAAUGGAAUUCUUGGCCAGCAAAAAGGUAUUGCACGGUGAUUUGGCCGCCCGCAAUGUCCUUUUGGCCGAUCACGGAAUCGUCAAAGUGGCCGAUUUCGGAAUGGCUAGGCAAAUGAAGGAUUACGAAUGCGAAAAAGAGGGAGAAGAAUUAUUUCCAGUCCAGUGGAUGGCAAUAGAAUCCCUGACCAUAAACAUUUUUUCCAGCCAAUCAGAUGUCUGGUCCUACGGGAUUCUCUUGUGGGAAAUCUUUUCCCUCGGCAAUGUUCCAUAUCCAGGAAUGGAGAAUGGCUGGGUACUUGUAAGGGAAAUUCAAAAUGGGUGCCGAAUGGAAAAACCAGAAUACUCGCCCAAUUUUUUGGGAGAAAUAAUGAAAAACUGCUGGCAAAAAAAUCCAAAUGAGAGGCCAACUUUCUCUCAACUGGCAGGAGUGAUCGAAAAACAAAUCGAAUCGCUGGACAGCUUGAAUUAUUUGAACAUGAAUAGGCCAGCAAGUG